AGGGAGUAGGGUCUGGAUCUGCUCUUGGAAUUUCACUGUCUUUAACAUCACACAGAGCAACUCUACAAUGUCUCCAAAGAAAGCCAAGAAGAGGUCAGAAGGUGCCAAUUCAAAUGUCUUCUCCAUGUUUGAGCAAACCCAGAUCCAGGAGUUUAAAGAAGCAUUUACAAUUAUGGAUCAGAACCGAGAUGGGUUCAUUGAUAAGGAAGACCUCAGGGACACCUUUGCUGCACUAGGGCGCCUGAAUGUGAAAAAUGAGGAACUGGAAGAAAUGCUAAAAGAAGCUUCAGGACCAAUCAAUUUCACUGUAUUUCUUACAAUGUUUGGAGAGAAACUGAAAGGUGCUGAUCCAGAAGAGACCAUAUUAAAUGCUUUCAAAGUGUUUGAUCCUGAAGGCAGUGGACUUCUAAAAUCAGAUUACAUUAGAGAAAUGCUUAUGACUCAAGCAGAAAGGUUCUCAAAUGAAGAGGUUGAUCAGAUGUUUGCAGCUUUUCCACCUGAUGUGACUGGAAAUUUAAACUACAAAAACCUUGUUCACAUCAUCACUCAUGGUGAAGAGAAGGAGGAGUAAGGCCCAUACAGCAGCAAUGGUCUCAUCACGCAUUAAUGUUUCAUAUAACUACCUGUGCAAUGUAUUAUAAUAAAUAUGAUUUCUAUAUCUGAUAUUAUAUGCAA